CCUGGCUCAGACUGUCAGGCGGGCGCAGGGCGAGGCCAGCAGCAGCAGCAGCAGCAGCAGCUCACCGUCCCCGUCAGCAGCAGCAGCAGCAGCAGCAAGCGAGCAACGCCGCCGCCGCCGCCGCCAUGGAGACCCCCGGCCAGAAGCGGAGCACCCGGAGCGGGGCCGGCGGGACGCCGCUGUCGCCGGCGCGCAUCACGCGGCUGCAGGAGAAGGAGGACCUGCAGGAGCUCAACGACCGGCUGGCCGUCUACAUCGACAAGGUGCGCUCGCUGGAGUCGGAGAACGCGGGCCUCCGGCUGCGCAUCACCGAGUCCGAGGAGGAGGUGAGCCGCGAGGUGACGGGCAUCAAGGCGGCCUACGAGGCGGAGCUGGCCGACGCCCGCAAGACCCUCGACUCGGUGGCCAAGGAGCGCGCGCGCCUGCAGCUCGAGCUCAGCAAAGUCCGCGAGGAGUUCAAGGAGCUCAAGGCCAGGAAUGCCAAGAAAGAAAGCGACCUGUUGGCCGCCCAAGGCCGCCUGAAGGAUCUCGAGGCCUUGCUGAACUCCAAGGAAGCCGCGCUCACCACCGCCCUGGGGGAGAAGCGCAACCUGGAAAAUGAACUCCGCGAACUGAGAGGCCAGGUGGCCAAGUUGGAAGCUGCCUUGGCUGAGGUCAAGAAGCAGCUUCAGGAUGAAAUGUUGCGACGAGUGGAUGCGGAAAACAGGCUGCAGACCCUGAAGGAAGAGCUGGAGUUCCAGAAGAACAUCUACGGCGAGGAGCUUCGUGAGUCCAAACGCCGCCACGAAACCCGCCUGGUGGAGAUUGACAGCGGGCGCCAGCGUGAGUUUGAGAGCAAGUUGGCCGACGCCUUGCACGACCUGAGGGGCCAGCACGAGUCCCAGGUCAAGAUGUACAAGGACGAGCUGGAGAAGACGUACAGCGCCAAGCUGGAAAAUGCCAAGCAGUCAGCCGAAAGGAACAGCAGCAUGGCCGGAGCAGCCCACGAAGAGUUGCACGAGAUGCGCAUCCGCAUUGAUGGCCUGUCGGCCCAAGUGAGCCAGCUGCAGAAGCAGCUCUCUGCCAAGGAGGCGAAACUGCGUGACUUGGAGGACACCCUUGCCCGGGAGCGUGACACCAGCCGCCGGAUCAUGGCCGAGAAGGAGCGGGAGAUGGCCGAGAUGCGGGCCCGCAUGCAGCAACAGCUGGACGAGUACCAGGAGCUGCUGGAUAUCAAACUGGCCCUGGACAUGGAGAUCAACGCCUACCGCAAACUCCUGGAGGGCGAGGAGGAGAGGCUGCGCCUCUCCCCGAGCCCCUCUUCCCAAAAGAGCGGCACCCGGACCCGCAUCUCCCACUCCUCCAUGCAAGGCUCCUCCAAGAAGAGGAAACUGGAGGACGGCGAGAGCCGCACCAGCUUCUCCCACCAUGCCAGGACCAGCGGCCGUGUGGCCGUGGAGGAGGUCGACCUGGAAGGGAGGUUUGUCCGUCUGAGGAACAAGUCCAACGAGGACCAGUCUUUGGGGAACUGGCAGAUCAAGCGCCAGAACGGAGAGGAGGCCCCCGUCUGCUAUAGGUUCCCCCCAAAGUUCACCUUGAAGGCUGGGCAGCUGGUUACGAUCUGGGCCUCUGGUGCUGGCGUGACCCAUAACCCUCCCACUGAUAUGGUGUGGAAGAACCAAAGCUCGUGGGGAUCUGGGGACAGCUUGCGCACUGCUCUCCUCACCAACACCGGAGAGGAAGUGGCCAUGAGGAAGCUGGUGCGCACGAUGAUUGUCGAUGAUGAUGAAGAGGAGGAUGACGAAGAUGGCGUCCACCACCGCCACCACCACCACAGCCACUGCAGCGCUUCCGGUGACCCGGGCGAGUACAACCUCCGUUCCCGCACUGUCCUGUGCGGCAGCUGUGGGCAGCCGGCGGAGAAGGCGGCUGGUGGCACCAACGCCGCCGCCGCCGCCGCCACCAGCACCAUGUCUUCUGGCUCCUCCUCUUCCAGCCUCACCAUCACACGCAGCUACCGUACCGGCGGCACCGGCCUUGGGGAGAGCCUGCUGCCCAGGUCCUACAUCCUGGGCAAUUCCAGCCCACGCCAGCAGGGUCCUCAGAAUUGCAGCAUCAUGUAACCCUUUUGACGUUCCCUGAUCUGCUCACUGCCCCUGUUCUAUGAAGCGACUUCCUCUCCAUGUGAGCAGGGGGAAAGAAAGAAACAUUUAUAAAGAGCUAUUUUCUACAGCAGGAAUUUAUACUUUAUUAUUAUUAUAAUAUAUAUAUAUAUAUACACACAUACAAAUGCUAAAUGAUGCUUCAGGGUUUUUUCAAGAAAAAUCUUUUUUCUGUAACAAAAAAAGAAAAAAAAAAGAACCAAGCCAAAGAGGUUGAGUUAUUUUUGCCAAAAAGAGAAUUUUAAAAAAUGUUAUAGUUCAAUAUGUCUUUAGAUAGGGGUGUGUGUGUGUGUAUAUAUUCUUUGAAUACCAAAGCUUUCCGUUUGUAAAAGGAAAUACGUCCCUCAGAGUUAAGGCCCUGUUCCCCUUGGGGUUUUUUGCACUUAAUCUCUCUCUGUGGGAUCUGAAAAAGAUGGAAUUACACUUAUGCCCUCGGUUAACAGCAGCCUCAAGCCACAGUUGCCAAGACACCCUUGAGGUGAACUGGCUUGACCCUUCUAGAGGCUGUCUCAAGUCAGAGUUAAGCCUUGUUUACAUUUUGAAUACGGAUGGGAGAUUUUUUAUUAUUGUUACUGUUCGUAGUUUCUAAUUAAUUUCAGUUUGAUUUCCUAGACAAGAAAUUCACCAUAUUUAAUCCCAUGUAAGGUCGUUCAGGUUGUCUUUUAAUUCAUGCUGACGACCUUCUAGGAGACAGUGACCAACCGCCCCGCCCCGCCCCCCCUCACAAACAAGUGAUGCAAACAUUUUGUAUGCUGUCAAAUCACAGGCGUUCGACGCCCCUCUUGGCUUUUGCUUCGAAGAAUGUUUGGCUUAAAAAUGGAGAACACCUUACUUUGGAAACUAGCAUUUCAUAUCCUGCUUUAUUAGAAAAGGUAGUCAGCAGCUGGGGCUGGGCCGCUGCCCAGUAAGAAGAAGACGACGACGACGACACCUUUAGGACCCCCUCCCCGCCCCGCUGACAUGCUCUGCUUGCGUUGCAGCUGGUGUUCCCUCCCCGCAACUGCUAUGUUGUAAUAGCCAAUAUAAAUGCUACUGCGUUGA